AUGACAUCUCUUCUCUUCCAGGGUACGAAUGACUUGCCUGUAGAGCCAACUCAACCGCAGAGAGGUGCAUCUUUAACUCGGUUUCGUGAGAAGAGAAAAAAACGUUGUUUUGAUAUGAAAAUCUGUUACACUCAGGUCCGGGUUUCUGAAGUUAUCAUAGACCUGAAAGAUGAAAGCAUUAAUGGAGAGCGUAAAAAGGCCAAUCUACAUCAUCCAAGGUUAGUUCUAAUGAUGAAUGUGGUAUCAAGGUUCGGUUCAUUUGUAAAAGAGGUCAGUCAUCAAGUGAUUGAAUUUGAGUCCCCUGCUUCGUCUGGUGCUACACAGGGAUCUAUUGACGGUGAAGCUAAAGGUUCAGAUGUUAUAGCCAUGGUUGCCAACAUUGCCCCUUCCGCCGUCAAUGGUGAUAAUUCAGGCAUGACCGUAGGCAGGAAGUUGUGA